AUGGAUAACAAAAAAAGGCACCUAAGCCAGAGGGUGAAGGGUGUGGAGAGUACUAACACAGCCAAAACAAAGAAACCGGAGGCUCCAGAACCCAAGAAUGUUACAGAGCCAAAAGACAGUAGAACCAUGCCAGAACCAAAAAAGUCUGUGACAGAUCAGAAAGAGAAGAAGACAGUGUCCCUCAUUGCAGAUCAGAAGGACAAAAGGCGUUUGAGUGAGCCAAAAGAUAAGACUGUGACAGUCCCAGAACCCAAAAUCAAGACGCCUGGAGCAGAGACAAAAAAGAGGAUGGUGACAUUUUUGACAGAAAUAAAAGACAAGAUGAUUGUGGUAGACACAAGAGAAAACGAGAUUGCAUUCUUAGAUACAAAACAAAAGGUGAUUGUGCCAUUUGUGCCAGAAGUCAAAGAGAAGAAGCCUGUACAGUUGAUAAAAUCAAAAGAGAAAAUGUCUGAGCCAUUUUUGUCAGUUUUACCGGUUGAACCAAGUGUACCAGUUGGGGCAGUUGGACCAGUUGGGCCAAUUGUGCCAAUUACAGCAGUUGGGCCAAUCGUGCCAAUUGCACCAGUUGUACCAAUUGUGCCAGUUGCACCAGUUGCACCAGUUGCACCAGUUGCACCAGUUGCACCAGUUGCACCAGUUGCAUCAGUUGCACCAGUUGUGCCAGAAGUAGAAGAGAAGAUCUCAGUGCCAGGAGUGAAAGACAAGAAGGAACUGCCAACUGUGCCCCAGAUAAAGGAAACUAAGGCUUUGCCAGCUGAACCAAAGAUAAAAGAAAAGAAGGUUGUGACUAAGACAAAAGAGAAGGCACCCAUGACAAAAACAAAAGAGAAGAAAACUGUGUCAAAGGUAAAAAAGAAAAAGUCUGUGGUAGGAGGAAAAAAAGCCGAUAGGAUAAAUGAGAUAGCUCGGAAUGUGGUUCAGGGCGUUCUGGCUGCUGCUGUUGAGCUUGUGGAAGGUUCCAGAGACCCCAUCAAGAACAUCGACUGGCUCACUCAUGGGGAAUUCACAGUAGAAAAAGGUCGGCAACAAAUUGAAAUGUAUGUCUCGAAUUGGGACUUUCAAAACCGCUGGGUGUCCCAUGCAGAUUUUGUAGAGAAGAAAGACUUCAUUCACUCCUUUCACUAUAUCUACCGUGUAUGCUGGAGUGCACCCACUGCCGUGAGACCCAUGGCACAAUUCAGUGCCAACGCCUACUUCACCAUCAAGUUCAAUAAGAGCAAAUCUCCGGAUAUGCCUGUUGAUGUCUCUUAUGUCUUUGAGAAUUCAGAACUACUUCAAAGACCAGGAAAUAUUCGAUUUCGAGAACAAUGGCUGAGGGACAUUACUGAGACCAAACAUAUUUUGUUGGAGUCUAUCCCUUUUAAAUUUGCCUGA